AUGUCCCCACAUCCAGGCACCAAGCCAACAGCCCAGCCGACAACGUCACUCAUCUUACCCUGCAAUCCUUCUCAGUUCCAAAACACCACCAUGACAACACAAUCCACCACCACCCCUACCGCCCUCCAAAUCCCUGAAAUCCUCUCCCAAAUAUUCCUCCACCUCCCCCCUCUCGACCUCAUCACAAGCACCACCCGCGUCUCCCGCCUCUGGCACUCCCUCCUCGAAACCGACCCCCUCCUCCAGCGCCACCUCUUCUUCCUCCCCGACCCCGCCUGGACCACCUACCCGUCCUUCAUCCCCUCUCCACGAAAAAUCAACCCCUUCUUCAAGACUGUCUUUUCCCUGUUCUUUCACCCCGCCUUUCUGGGCGAGAUGGGUGUCUUUUACGCCGCUCGGGCUUCACAGCCUCAUUCGAAUGGCAACCCACAAGAGGGAAGGCUGGCGCAUUGGAGUGACGAAAAGAGAGAGAGGAUGCUGAGAAAGGGUGCGAGCUGGAGGAGGAUGGGCUGCUGGAUGGGGGUGCACACCAGGAUGGGUUUUAUGGAGAGGGAACCGUCCGGGGGGGUGGUCACUGUGCGGGAACAGGCUUAUUGCUUUGUGAAAAGGGACGAGGGGGGCGGGUAUGGGCAUGUCUUAACGAUGGGGGACUUUUACGACUGGAUUAUUGAGGCGUUGGGCACCGUUUCAAAAACGUUGAAGACGAGUGGCCAUAAUGAGGAUCUCAACAUGAUGGUGUGGGUUAUCAUCUGGGGGCAGAAGCUGGGCGGUGGAAGUUACGAGAAGGGUGUGGAGGCGUUUUCUCAAUGCCGAAGGGUUAUCUUGAGAAAUGGUGACAAGAUCUCGGAGGAUGAGCAGGAUGAGAUGACAAAAGAUGGUGCCGCAAACCGAGCGGAGAGGGAGGGACGUGAUGCGGAGCAUCUACAUCAAGAGCGCCAAGGUUUAGCUACGAUGAUGGACUGUUAUGUUGGGCUGGAAUGGCGAUUCCGGAUGCUUUACAUGCCACGACCAGACGCAGUGGAAAGCAGAGACAGUCGGGUGGAUAUCCGAAAGUUUAUGAGCGCUGAUGGACGUGAUGGCUUCCGGACGGUGAACGCACUCGUUCCAGGCCUGGGUCGUUAUCACUCCGCAUGGGUUGGGGAACCCUCGAUUGGCCAUCUAUUGGUGGGCUAA